AUGGCGAGAAACCUCUGCUCUUGUCACCCUCCCGUUUCCUUGCCCUCCGGAGUUUGGGACCCGAUGAUCCCGGCCGUGCCAGGCAGUGUCCAACCGGGGCUGACGCUCCCCGUCCUGCCUGGGCUGCAGCAGCGGGACGGGGAUGCUGCCGUGCGCUGCCGUCGUGCCGGCGAUGCCGCGGCCCCGGGAUGCUCCUGGCAGCGCUCGGGAUUCCCGACACAGCCGCGGCUGCGGGAAACGCGCGUGUUCUGCGGAAAGCCAAGCCCGGGGGGGCGGAGGGGACCCGGCACCGCGCCGCUCGGGGCCGCUCCGAGCGCUCCGAGCCACCCGGUGCCACCGGCUGUCACCGCCGCGGGUGAGCGCGGCUGGGCCGGGCCUGGCCGGGCCACCGCCCCCCGGGCCGGCAGCGGGCGGUGCGGAGGGACCGGCGGCGGCGGCACGAUGUAUGGAUUUAUAAACACGUGCCUGAAGUCUUUGGUGGUUGAAAAGUACGGUGAAGAAACAUGGGAAAAAUUAAGGCUGCAGGCUGGAGUCCAGGAUUCUUUCUUGACUUUUGAGGUUUACAAAGAUGAGAUCACAAUGCAGCUCGUGGACAAAGCCUGCAAAGUAUUAGGUGUUCCUGCUGACAUGGUUCUGAGGGAGUUUGGAAAGUAUUUCUUUGAAUUCUGUAAACGCUCAGGCUAUGACCACAUGCUGAGGACACUGGGUGGAAAUCUCUAUGAAUUCAUAGAGAACCUGGAUGCACUGCACAGCUACCUGUCCCUUUCCUACCAGGAGAUGAAUGCACCAUCUUUUAGAGUAGAAAAAAAUGAAGAUGGGUCAAUGCAUUUACAUUAUUACUCAGACAGAAGAGGUCUGUGCCAUAUUGUGCCAGGAAUCAUCGGCGCAGCAGCMCUGGAUUUUUUUAACAUUGAGAUUUCAAUGAAAAUAGUCAAUCAAACAGAAGAAGAAGAAAGAACUGGGAAAAAAGAACAUAUUGUUUUUCUUGUCACUCAAAACCCUUUAUUCCCAUGCAAGGAAAGAAAUGAAUUUUCUUCCUCAUCUCAAUGUCUUGUUGACUCUGAAAAACAAAUUGAGAACCAGCUGAAUAGAGAGGACCUUGAAAAAGCCAAGAAUACAAAUGGAGACAAAGGAAACUCUGUUUGUCCUGUUAAGAAAAGUCACUGGAAAACAUUAAGAGGAAUAAUCACAUUAGGAAAAGGUAAGCUCCUGAGAGGAUUUGAUCCUGUUUAUCCCAAGAGCCUCUGGAUUGACACAAAAACRUUUUGCAAUGGACUUCCUUUUCAUAUGGUUUUUGACAAAGAGCUCAAAGUGAAGCAAGCUGGGGUGAGCAUUCAGAAGAUCGUACCUGGCCUUCAGACCAUGGGCAUCUCCUUGGAUCAGUACUUCAGGAUCAUUCACCCAGAAGUGCCCUUCACCAUCUCCAGCAUUCAGAAAUUCAUCAACAGCCAGUUUGUUUUCCAGACCARAAGAGAGAUGAUGCCUGAGUCCUGGAAAGAACGGCCGAUGCUAGAGCUGAGAGGCCAGAUGAUGUGGAUGGAGUCCCUGCAGUGCAUGCUGUACCUCUGCUCCCCUCUGCUGCGCUCUCUGCACGAGCUGGAGGAGCGGCAGAUGCACAUCGCCGACAUCGCCCCGCACGAUGUCACCAGGGACCUGAUUCUGCUCAACCAGCAGCGCCUGGCCGAGAUGGAGCUCUCCAACCAGCUGGAGAGGAAGAAGGAGGAGCUGCGGAUCCUCUCCAAGCACCUGGAGGAGGAGAAGAAGAAGACUGAAGCUCUGCUCUAUGCCAUGCUUCCCCAGCACGUGGCCAACCAGCUGAAAGAGGGGAAGCGAGUUGAGGCAGGAGAGUUCAAGGAGUGCACCAUACUGUUCAGUGAUGUGGUGACCUUUACCAACAUUUGUGCCCAGUGUGAGCCUAUUCAGAUCGUUCUCAUGUUAAACUCGAUGUACCUGAGAUUUGACAGACUGACCACAGUGCAUGACGUGUACAAGGUGGAGACAAUUGGAGAUGCCUACAUGGUGGUAGGAGGGGUCCCUGUGCCGGUCCCCACUCACGCUGAGCGAGUUGCUAAUUUUGCCCUGGGGAUGAUCAUGGCAGCCAAAGGAGUGCAGAACCCGGUGUCUGGAAAUCCUAUCCAGAUUCGAGUUGGGAUCCAUACAGGUCCUGUCCUGGCUGGGGUUGUUGGAGAAAAGAUGCCUCGUUACUGUUUGUUUGGAGACACGGUGAACAUCGCYUCCCGCAUGGAGAGCCACGGCGUCCCGAGCAAAAUUCACCUCAGCUCCAGCUCCUACCAGUGCCUAAAAUACAAGAAUUUUGAGAUUACUGAAAGAGGAGAAAUAGAAGUAAAAGGCAAAGGGAAAAUGCACACAUACUUCCUCAUCAGAAAUAAAUCUGCAACUGACAGUGAGAUUAUGGGAAGACCGAUGAAAGACUUAGAUUCUGGCCAUGAAUCUGUUCAGUCCAUCCCAGAAGGCAAGACUGAAACAAUACCAAGUUCUCAUCAGCCAGCUACUCAGACUCAGCCAGAGAAGCACCAGACYCCAACUAUUGCAAUGAAGUAUGUUGAUGGCCCCACAGAAGCACAGAACAGCCUCAAAAGAAGAAAUCCAGUGAAAGCUGGAGAUUUAACAGGCAAAACUUGUGAUUCCAAAAGUGAUGGGAGUCUCCAUGGCAACCAGCAUGCAGAUGAUGGUCCCCGUCCUCCAAACCAGGCAAGAGUCAAACCUGCAGCUGAAGAGCCACAGAAUAGAAAUGUUCGCUCUAAUUUUUGCACUUUACUCUAAGUUUCUUACUUUUACAUGAAACAGAGACAUUUUAUCAUGAUUUUGUGCAUUUUGCUGUUAUGGGACUGAUUUUGUAUAUGAGUACCACAUGAUUUUGUAAAAAAAAAAACAAAGAAAAAUGACAUUUCAUCACAGUUUUCAGUAAAAAUAAAACAGUGGAGGAAAUUUUUUUUAAUCAAUCGACAUGGGCCAUGUAAUACUGCCAGCAGAGAAAGAAACCCUUGCAAGAUGCUUUGAAGAUGCAUUUUUCAGCCUGUGCCACAUCUUUGAAUAUCCCUAUAUAAAAAUCAUGUGUUGGUAUCUGAUGCAGCAAUCGAGAAAGAGGUGACUCAUCCAGCUAGAAAUAUUCCUACUCAAAUGAGCACUUGCCAUAAAAGAAACAUUCCCUGAAGUGACCAUCUGUCUGGCUCCAGCACAGCCAACAACUUCCCCAUGUAGGAUUAGCAGAGUUUAAUCUACAUUUUAACUGCAAUAACAGCCUAAUCUCUAGGCAGGUCUUUUGUUGGGUAAAGGCAUUCUGAAGUAGAGGUGCAGAAUAGGUCUAAAACAACCUGUAUUUUUGCAUCCUGAAGAGAAAAAAAUGUGGACUUGAUAGCACCCAACAGUAAAACAAAAGCAUCUGUGAUCUCUGAACGAGGCAUAGACUCAGUGCAUGGAAUGACAUGGAAAUGGUGGAGUUASAAAGCCUUGGAUUUAACACAAACCAAAGCACUGUUUGAGGCCUACAACUUAUUCGAGACCUGCAAAUGACUUUCAAGUUUAUUUCUUACCCAGCUAAACAAAAAACAAUGCUUCAGGACUGCAGCAGACYGUCAGUGUUGGAUUAAUGUUCCUAACAUCAUUGGAAAAAACUUCAUUAGUGAUCAACAUCACUUACCUGGUGCCAGAGGCUGCUCAGCUGAAUUACUUCCAUGCUGAUAUAUUCUUAGAUUAUGCCUGAUCAGAAAUGGCAGAGAAAAAUUGAAGUUCAUCUGUCAGGGAUUUCAGGCAGAAGAGCAAAAAUACAAUGGAUAUAAAGGUUGUAGACAAUUUGGUGCAUCAUAAAUUGUGCUCCCCCUCCUAUAAAUGGAGCUGGGAGUAGGUGUAUGGCUUUAACAGGAGAUGUUCCCUGCACACUGAUUUAUUACCUUUGGGUCUGGAUUCAUCAGCUGAGGAUGCAAGCAUGAGACCAAUGUGAACUUGAGCAAGAACUCACUGGAGAAAGUGAUAAUGUUACUCCUCUAACAGUCUGGAGUAUCACAUUUCCACCUCUGUGCCUGCAGCAAGACCGAGGCUCUUGAAACACCAGACAGAGAGCUAAGACUGAUGAAAGGCAUCUCCUCCUCUUUAUAGAAUAACCAGAUGAAAUUUCACCUGGUUAGAUUUUUUUUUUUCUCAGAUCUCUGAGACAGGAGCUCCAUAGCCCAGGAGCUCGGCAGCUCUGUCUAAUAAGCAAUUAGUGCAAUUAAACCGGCAGAGGAGGAUCCAUUGAGUGAAACCCCUGGUGCUGCUGUGCACACUAGAGUUGUCCCAGGGGGUUUGCCAGGUGUGAUUCCAUGCCAUGAAUGCCUGUCAGCUUCUGGAGCACCUUAGAAAAAAAUCCUCUUGGUUUCAUCCAGAAGAGAUCCAUUCAUGUGCUGUGAGASCACUCCACUGUGUGAAACAAAGCACAGUGAGUGGGUUUGAGCAGGAAAUUCACCCAGGAGUGUACUCCUGGCUCAUUGAAAUGCUCUUAUAAACACACCUUGUAACAGGAGGGCUUUCCAYGUUCAGCUGAGCAUCACUGUUCAGGGAGAGGGCAAUUUUAUGAAUGGGAAGCUUUUUUAAUUUAUUUGGAUUUUGUUAUCCAGGCAUGGUUCAUUAUUUUGGCAAGGGAGAGAUCUGUAUGUUGAUGCUGCCUCUAAGGGUUAUAAUCGUUAAUGGGUGUCAAGAUUCCCAGCACUGGACUCUGUGCUACUCUCACACUCACAACAUCUAAAUGUCACCUUCACCCUCCCAUGGUCCCAGUGCUCAUGGCUUUGUGCUUCUGCAGUUCAACCCUAGCUUUGCACAGAUUUUCCUGAAGAGUGGAAUACCCACUUUCAUACCCACUUUCUCUCUCACUGGCAAUGACAGAAAUGUGAAGYAACAGUUAAAUCAGCACUAUCCCACYGACUGGAGUCAGGAAUCAACUCUGYCAGGACUUCUUUUGUCUCCAGCCYUGAGAUGUGUUUCAGUACUCUUGGCUGGUCGUGUGAUGGAGAAGAGAACACAUCAUUGACAAACGAUGGAGGACUCUGUCAUUGCUGGCACUUGCUGUGGAGACACAAAGCCCCUUUAGGGUCAAGCACAAGUGUGACACAGAGGUUAAACCAUGCCAGUGGCCAGUGGGAGAGCAGCAGGGGAGCUCCUGCUGUCUCUGCUGCUCUUGCAGUCUGCACCUGCACGGCUGAACACCACUGACCCCUUCUCUGGAAAAAGGAAUUUUCAGUUGGAAAUUGUCCAAUCAGCCUGGCCAUCAGUGACUAGGGCCUGGUAUAUAUUCUGGGGUUUAAUACAGAUACAUUACAGAGUAGAAGCCUAGAGCUCCUCUGAAGUUGUGUGGAUCAUCUUGGGAAGAAGAAAGAAAAGAACCGUGGCUAAAUUGCUGCCAGCAUCUCUCUGUCCUUUAACUCUUGCUUUGCUUAAACCUGCUCUUCCUGCACUGAACAAGCUAUGGAUGUUUAAUAUUGCAAUGUUUUAAUUGCCAGUAAGUGCUCCAUGGUCAGUUACCUCAUGCUGUACUGUGGUAAAAAUGAUGUGCUCAGUGGUUUCUCUGUGGCAUCUGCUGCAAUCUGGUUCUCCUGGAGAGGCAGAGCUGGGUCAAAUCUGCACAACUGCUUCUAAAAAUUAAUGUGCCYGUGCAUCAUCAUGUGUUCUUAAAUCUGUAGGCACUGCUAAAGACUGCAAAAAUAUAAUUMAAAAAUAAAUAUUUUCAUUAAUAUACCA